AUGGCGACUGCAAUGACUCAGCCGCCGGUCUUGGAGGCGCUCCGGGAGGACGUGGCGCUGGCGGAGCGGCUCGCUGAGCAGCGGCGUCAGGACUUGGUGCGGGCGCGGAACCAGGAAGAUCGCCAGCUGCGGACGUGCCACGCGCAGCAGCGGGAGGAGGAGCAUCAAGAGCGGGCGGCAACCCGGCGCGUGCUGGAUGAGAUGCGCCAGGUGCGGCAGAAGGUGCACGGACAGCUCCGAGCGGCACAGGCCCAUGCCUUCCACAGCACUGAUGACCACGCCUUGGUCCGUGCGGGCAAGCGUGCCUUGACGGCGAGGAAGCACCAAGAGCAAUGGGAGGCACAAGCGUCCUGGACUGAGAAACAGAUGCAGCUGAGCAUCGUACAGGACAAGGAAUUGCUGAAGAAUAUCCAAGAGGCCGCGUCUCAAAGGGUGGCCUCAAUGGACUCGGUGGCCCAGCAGCGGGUGGAGAAGAGUCAGCAGCUUUUGCACUUCUCCAAGGAACAGGAUGCCAACUUGCGCUUGCAUCAGGAUGAGAUUCACCAGACACAGCUGCGGCAGGCGGUGCGGAAUUCGAAGAUCAAGGUGGACAGCGCUCACCGGGCAGCCGACCGGGCGCAAUCCGAGAUGAUCGCGGCCGAGGCCAAGGCAUUAACUGCCCAGCAGCGGAUGACCCGCGAUGUGGAGCGGAGCCUCCAGGCGGGCGCUGCCCGAAUCUCAACGGCAGAGCGGCAGCUGAAGGUCGAGGAGGAGGAGAUGAAGGCGGCCUUGUGGCGGGAGGAGAUUUGUGCCCUGCAGAUCAAGCGAGUGGCACAAGAGUGGAAGGACAAUGUCCAGGUGGAGUUCCAAGAGAGGAAGCAAGAGUUGGAGAAGGUCCUGGAACGUGUCUCGGACUAUGAACACCGCAAGAAGAUGCCACACCAAGAUGCCCAAGUCUCCAUGCAAAUCAAAACGGAGGAGGUCUCCAGUCGUGGCUUCUCCGUGGCCCAAGCGGCUCGGACACGCGCGAGUGAGGAGGUGGCAGACCUGGAGCGGCGUUUGCACUUCGCCAAAGAACAGCUGCAAAAGCUGGAGGUGAAAUGUGCUUCGUCCCUCAAGGAGCUCAACGGCAAGUGGGAGGAAGCCAAGCGGAUCUAUGAGGCCAAGGUGAGUGAGACAGAGAGCGAGACGGAGGACUUGUUGCAGCGCCUCUUGACGCACCGCGAGAUGCACGAGGACUACUGUGCUCAGAGUGUGCGGAAGACCGAGGAGCUGCAGGAGGAGCGGCAGGCGGUGGUGAGGAACCAAGGUGCCUUGUCGCAUGAGCUGGUGAGGCACCGCGCAGCCUUUUGCCAGCAGAAGUCCGCGCAGACGCGCCGACAGGCAGAAGCACGCUUGGAGCAGACCAAACGACACGUGGAGGAUGUGGAACGACGGUGCCAAGAGCGUGUGCAAAUGGGCAAGGACACUGCAGAGGAGAAGGUGCGCAUCGCGCAGCAACGCUUCAACGAGCAAGUGGACAUGGCCGAGCGCAGGAGCCACGAGGCCGGUCGGAGGUCCGGAGUGAAGGGCGAGGUUGGUCUUCGCUUGGUGGCUGCCACCAGAAAGGCCAAGGCCUGCAUCCGGGCCCAGGAUUGGCGCUGUGCUGUGCUGCUGCUGGAGCGACCGCUGGAUGCCACCGCCUGUAGCGUUUUGCUGAGCGCUUGGGAGUUGGGCGGCUACCAUCAUGUGGAGACCUUCCUAUCCACCCCAGGCGCUGCGCCCUUCCGCUCGCAGCUGGUGGUCCGCGGUGCGCACAUCGCGGCAGCAGCACGUUGGCGACGCUGGCAGGCGGCACUGCAGCUGCUGCACGUCGCAGAGGACGAAGGUCUUCCCCAAGAUGCCAUCGGCUUCUCUGCUGCCAUGCAUGGCUGUGUGAAAGCACACCGUUGGACCAUGGCACUGGAGCUGCUGGCAGCGAUGGAGAUGAAGCGGUUGGGGCUACCACAGGUCACCGUCAACACCGCCAUCAGUGCCUGCGAAGCAGGACAUCGUUGGGAAGAGGCACUGGCGAUCUUUGCAGGGCUUCUCGCACCAGAACGACACCGAGCAGACAGUUUGAACGCUACAGCAUCGGCAUGUGCCAAAGGACAUCAAUGGCAGCAAGCGCUGGCGCUCCUUGAGGAUGGCAUUCGAGCAUCUGUGAGGCCCUCGCGUUUGACCAUGGUGGUUGCUCUCAGUGCGACCUCAGAUGGGAGCUGGUGGGAGGGUGCUCUCCAUUGGCUACAGCUCAGCCGAACCUUGGGCAGAGACCCGAAGACUGAAACGUCUUGCUUCAAUGCAGCGCUCAGUGCCUGCGCACGUGGACGCCAGUGGGAGCGAGUGCUGCAGCUCUUGACCACAGACGUCAGGAAGGAUGCAGUGAGCUUCAUCACAUCCAUGGAGGUUUGCGAGUCACCAUACCUCCUUCAGGAGGCGAAGGCCCACGGGGUGGAUGUCUCGAUGAUGGAGCUCAAGAGGCGUCUCAGGAGGGUUCCCUUCGCUUCAGCGGAGCAGUUGGCCCCCGCACUGGCACGGGUGAUGCGCAGAGCCUUGGAGACCUCGCUGGAGGACCUCUGCAGCAUCUGGGAAGUUUGCGAAGAACGAUCUGAUGUGACUGCCGACACUUGGUGGCGCUUCUGGUGCCGACACUUGGAGGUUCCUUUGAUCCAGCAGGUGGAGCUGCACUGCUUGGCCUGGCCAUGGAGCCAUGCGCCGGGCUCUGCUGUGCGCCGAGCCCUGAUGCGGUGGAAUCUGUCCGCGUCCAAAAAGUUCCCUGUGCGACCGGUGGUCAACACUUCCCUUUACGGCCAGAGAGGUGACCAAGCCUUGAUCUUCCAGCUGGGGCUCUUCUUCCUUGCUAUGGAUACACGGGACCGUGCUUCGGUGGCCUUCCACGCGGCCUUGGCGCGCUGCAGUGGGGCAGCCGAUGAGGCACGGCGUCGGGGCCUCUUCGAGGUGGCUGAGAUGCUGAUGCCCUCCGAUACUUGGUGUGGCUUCCACACGCUGCGGCCCAAGACCGCCGAGGACUCCACUCGGCCGGUGACCACGUCCAGCGGCGUGGAAGUCUGGACACUGGGGAAGGAGACUGCGUCCACGGUGUUUCCGGACCGGGGAGGCACACCUUUGGAGGAGGCGCAGAGAUAA